CUGUUUUUCAGAAAUCAAUUUUCUGAGGUCCGUUGAUGCAGAAAUUUGAAGAUUGAUUUUUUUUAAGCUUUUCCAAAAAAUAUACAAUAAGUGCAUGAAUAGAAAUAUAACUAAUAUUAGGAAUGUGUGCUGAGAAUAGUGAACGAAUUUUUUAAUCCUUAUUUGUUUUAUCCAAUUUUAUCUCACGAAUAGCAGCUAAGCUAACCUUAAUGUUAAUAUUUGACAGAUUUUCCUUUUAUCACAGCACAGAUAACAUUCAUUCUGUUGUCUGUAAUUUUUCACGUUUUGCAAGCCCACCUAUGAUUUUUUCACGAAAAAUCACUAGUACCAUUCAAAGCAAGAUUUUUCAAUUUAUUAAAUGCAACAUGUGCGAUAUUGCUGUAUGUCAGUUCACUGCUACAAAUAAUAAGGCGGAAAAUUUAAAAGCAGUAACAAGAUUAGUAUGUCAAGCUUCUUCGCAGGGAGCUAAGGUAGCCUUUUUACCAGAAGGAUGUGAUUAUAUAGCUGAAAACGCAGAUGAAAUCCGUAAUCUAGCAGAAACAUUAGAUGGUCCAACGGUAAAAGAAUACAAAAACCUAGCUUCAACUUUAAAGAUAUGGUUAUCAAUUGGCGGAAUACAUGAACUACAAUCUACAAAUGGAGAUAAAAUAAGCAAUUCCCACAUUUUGAUCAACAAUUGUGGGGAAAUAGUAUCAGUUUAUAGAAAACUGCAUUUAUUCGAUGUCCACAUUCCUGAAAAGAACCUAGAACUUACUGAGUCUAAAUACACUAGCAGAGGUGAAGAAAUAGUUCCUCCAGUCAACACACCAGCAGGACCUUUAGCAUUAUUCAGUUGUUACGAUCUGAGAUUUCCUGAAUUGAGUGUCCUUCAAAGGGAAAAUGGAGCUUCGAUUCUGAGUUACCCGUCUGCCUUCACUUAUACCACUGGAAAAGCUCAUUGGGAAAUUUUACUUCGAGCUAGAGCAAUCGAAAAUCAGUGCUUUGUUGUUGCGGCAGCUCAAUAUGGAAGACAUAAUGAGAAACGAAUAUCAUAUGGUAAUUCAUUGAUAGUAAAUCCAUGGGGAGAAAUUAUUGCACAAUGUCCAGCGUACGAUGAUAGUGAGGAAAGAAACGAAAGAAUAGCUAUGGCAGAAAUCGAUCCCUCAAUUGUUCAGAAAGUAAGGGAGGAAAUGCCAGUGUUUUCUCAUAGACGAAAGGAUGUUUAUCAGCUCAAAGCGAUGGAAAAGGGUCUGCCUAUCUUGAAAACAGAUCAAUUUAAGUUUUCCCACAUUGAUAUCCCAGAGCCUACAGUAUUUUACAAAACGAAGCUUUGUUAUGGAUUCACAAAUUUACGGUGUGUUGUUCCUGGGCAUGUUCUUGUGACUACGAGAAGAGUUAUUAGAAGACUUGCAGAUUGUGAACCAGAUGAAAUUUCCGAUCUGUUCCAAACUGUGGUAACGAUUCAGAAGCAACUAGAGAAGCAUUUUUCAGCCUCAUCUUCUACAAUUUGCUGUCAGGAUGGGAAAGAAGCGGGGCAGACUGUUUCUCAUGUCCAUGUCCACAUUUUACCGAGAAGAGCCAAUGAUUUCAAGAGAAACGAUGAUAUAUAUGAAAGGUUAGCUUCUCAUGAUAGGGACGAUAGUACAGUGAAGGAUAGAGAUCUUUCCGAAAUGACCGCAGAAGCCCAAGAGUUGAGAAAAUAUUUUUAUGAAAAUAGUAAAUUGUAAAAUCAUUAUAAUAAUAAAAUAUACAGGAAAACUGA